AAAGAGCAUGGGACCUACACAUUCCCUGAUUGGAAGAAAAGCUCACAUCCCACCCCCCCAAAUACCUUCAUAUUAAGUCCUCAACAAAUUCUCAAAACCUGAAAAAAGCAAUUUUGAUUUUUCAAUUCGAUGUCUGAUAGCUGCAACUCACGGCACUUCUCAUGGCUGAUGAAAUCUUGCUUCCCCAACCCCCAACAUCCACCACCCCACCACCCUACUCCCACCACCACCACCAUUUCCUCCACUACCAUUUCUGAACUCCCAGAUGACCUCCUCCUUGAAUGUCUCUCACGGGUCCCACACUCUUCCCUCCGUUCUUUACCUUUAGUCUGCUCUCGUUGGUCCCACCUUCUCGAUUCCCCAUCUUUUCACCUUCUCCGUCACCGUAAUAACCUUAUUCGCCUCACCCUCUUCGCCGUUUCAGUUUCUGAUUCCACUCUUUUUACUGCUAGUUACAGAUUGGAAAAUGACUGCUCUUGGAAGAUUUGCUCUUUUCAAGAUGGGUCUUUUUAUUCUCUGUUCUCGCAUUCUCGUUUGUCGGCGAUUGGUCGGAGAAUUUACGUCAUUGGUAGGACGGCGAUGCUCCGGUGUGAUACCUGGACGGGUACUGUGGUUGUUAGAGAAGGGCCAGUUUUCCAGAGGAAGAAGUUUGCUGCGGCGGUUGUGGGCGGGAAAAUCUACGUCGCCGGAGGUAGCGCGAGGUCUGCAGUGGUGGAGGAGUACGAUCCGGCGAACGACGCGUGGAGCGUGGUGGCGAACGCUCCGAGGAAGCGGUACGGAUGUGUCGGCGCGUCUGUCGACGGCGUGUUUUAUAUCGUCGGGGGUCUCAAAAUUGGCGGCACAUCAGGGAAUGACGGGGUGGUUGCGCGUGGGGCAGACGCGGCGCAUGUUUACGCAAGCUCUAUGGACUUGUACGAUGUGGCUAACGGUGUUUGGUUGAGGAGCCGUGCCGUCCCCGGAGGCGGCUGCGUGGUGGCGGCGUGCGCGGCAGCUGGUCAAAUCUAUAUUCUUUCAAGCCAUGCAGUGGAGCUUUCAUUUUGGAAGUUCAAUGGGUCACGUAAAAGCAACGAGUUUGGUGGAUGGUGUAGGAUAAAAUCGCCACCACUACCGGCGCAGGUUAGACUAGACAGCACGGUGAGGUUCAGCUGCGUGGGGAUAGGAGAGAAGGUGGUGCUAAUACAAGUGAAUGGUUGCAUAGACGACUUGCUGAGGCGGAGUGGGAGGGUAGAAAGAGGGAUGAAGGAGGGGUUGGUGUUGGUCUACGACUGUGCCGCCGGCGAAUGGAGCCGUGUGGCCGAUUUACCGGAGGUCAUUCGCCGAGCCGCCUGCGUCUGUGUUGAGUGCUAACUUGCGCCGUGUGAUCUUGUAUCAUAGAAGAAAGUACUUGUAAUUCAUAACAUUGAUAACGUAUCUCUGCAUUCUUUCUUCCCCAUUGGUAAAAGAAGAAACUUUUAGUAAUCACUAUCUUCAGUAA